UACCGAUAAGUUGAGAAGGGUCACUUGGCUUCACUCUUAAACUGAACAUCACCAAAAUGGCCACAGUCUCAGCCUCUUCAACUCUACAUUCAUCUUACAUAGUCAAACCUCGGACUUACAGACCAAGCUCUUGUCGUUCUUUCGCAAUUUCCAUGAGAACCCACCAGUUUCAGACCAAGUUGACUCUGAAGAGUGACGGCAGGAAGUCGGGUUUUGAGGGAAUGAGAAGGUUGAGGUCAGGUGAAGAGGAAGGAACUUUAGUUACCGAACAAGAAACUGAAGGAGUACAAGAACAAGAACAAGGAGAAGGAGAAGACACAGUUGUUGCUGCGGAGGAACAACAGCCUGUUGCUGUUCCUGUCUCUCCUUCGGAUAAGGUCACCAUGCACUUCCAGGCGGAUGGAACUAUGAAUGAAACGUCUAUUCCUAAUGUGACAACAGCCUUAAAGGGAACCGAGGGAAUUACAGAUUUAAAAGUUCAAGUCCUUGAGAGUAUUGCAACUGUUGAGUUGAAGAAACAAACAACAGUACAAGCUACAGGCGCGGCUGCUAGUUUGAUUGAGAUCAUACAGGGUUCAGGCUUCAAGUUACAGACACUGAAUUUGAGUUUUGAGGAUGAAGAGGAAGUUCUUGUCUAGAUAUUACGCGUCGAUUUUUUAAAAUUCAAUCAUGGAAAGGAGGAAAGUUAUCUUUGAUGUCCUUUUUUCCUCAAAACCUUGGUAUUGGACUAUUAGUUAGGCAUAUUCUUGAGAGAAACUGUAUUUUCACUUACUGUUUCCAUCAAUGUUAAAAGUCAUUGGUUGUUGA